AUGUCCCCCAUCAGCUCCACCGCAUUUCAAACCACCCUCCAAGCAGCAACAACCCACCAAAUCCACACCCACUACACAACCGUCACCUCAAUCACAAUACGUUGGGAAAAAGACGACACAAAUGCCCACAAAGUCACACCAUACUUUCAAAACAUCCUCCAAACCCUGAGCCUCCCAGCAGCCAUCGAGCACAUCAUCCGUCACAGCCACCCAAACCCCAAUAUCUCAUUCCAGAAAGCCAUUCAUGACAUUAUCGACAAGUCCAAACCCAGAACCAAAAAUGACCAUAGCCUACUAAUAAUUCACUACGCAGGACACGCCUUUACAAAGAACGGACAACUCACCUUCGCUGAAACCGCCACCGCUACCGCUACCACUACUUCCGCGAAGACUGUCAACGCAGACACCUGUUUACUGAAAGACAUCAAGACAGUCCAUCUAGACACACUACUCAUUCUGGACCAUUGCUACAUGGGUAAUAUACCAACUCGGGCCCCAACCAUCCCAGACAGGGUAGUGGAGAUACUCGCAGCCACCAGCACACAAACACCCCGGAACAGGAUCUCACCCGAGAAUACACUCACCGCUAAGCUGGCGGUGGAAAUCUCUCGUAGACAGCGGAGCGGACACGCAUAUAUAGAGUUUUCUGACGUCUUCCAAACGUUAAAGUCCCAUGAAAAGAGGGAUAACUCCGUCCUACACAUGCGUUGCUGGUCGGUGUUGGGUCGGUUUUUUUGCCGCUUAGUGGAUCUGGGACUGUUGAACCGGGUACUAUUGCGCCGGUGUGCACGGUGCUGUUUAGUGUGA